AUGCCUAAACCAGUCGGGUAUUAUAGUUAUUCGAAAGAGGACGUUGGCACUCUGUCCGGCGACGUCCAAAACUGGGCCAUGAUGAUACAAAAUUAUAUCCUGCAGCUCGCAAAUGAUGGAAUAAAGCGAGAAUACACUCAAAGUCUGUUCGAUUCUGCCAACUACACAUACGAAGAUAAGGAUGGUGAUCAUUUGGUUCAGCAAGUCAAGGCAAGCCUUGGAGAAUAUUUCCUUAAGAAGAAAAAAGUUGCCAAGGCUCUGGCUGAAAAAGUGAUAGAAUUGUACGACAGGCAACUCUUGAGAAACUGGACGAGCGGACAGAGCAGGUUGUACACGCUCAACAAAUCCAUCUAUAGAGAUUCUGACAUCCCUUCCAGAUUCCCGGAUCAACUGAUUUUCAGUCCCUACUUCAAACAGCCGGUCAGUUUCGUAAGUUCGACGGUGAAAAUUUCUGACGAGGUUCCGAGGGACGAUAGGGAGACCAUUGAUACAGUGGCCUGGUCGGCAGGGCUCGAAGAUAUCUUCAAGAAAAAUUCUAAACUAGAUCCGCAACUUAGAUGGCAGUAUUUCGGAUCGACAGCGGGCCUAGUCCGUAUCUAUCCGGGUCGGGAAUGGAAUACGAACUUCGCCGGUUUUUACGACGAUUACGAUCCGAGAUUGCGUCCGUGGUACAUCGCUGCUACCAGUGGCCCAAAGGAUGUUGUCGUCAUUCUGGAUUGUAGAUGGCACGAAUAUAGGACGGAAGUGUUGAGUUGCCAGGCGGAAAACAUGGUUCAGGCCACGCUAGCCCACAAGAAAGACCUCAUUGCCAAAAUACAGAAACUGAAGCCAGGAGGAACCAGCGAGAUGGAACGAGGAUUUGAGCUGGCAUUCGAUCUACUUAACGGCCGAACAAAAACCGGCUGUCAGAGCAUCAUCGUAUUCGUUACCGACGGCCUCGAUACCGACGGUGAAGAUGUCCGAUGCGGACCGGGGCAAUAUUCCCGUAGCGGUUUCACCGCGGGGCCAAUUUGUAGAUAUAACUGGACAAAAGUUUGGCAGAUGGUUGAUACCAGGAUCAUCUAUCAAAAGAAACACAACGAUGCUGAAGUAUCAAAAGAAUUCACUGCCAACAACAACAACAACAACAACGACAACGACACAACGGAUAAAUCACGAACAACAACGACAACAACAUUGAAUGAGGAGAACAAAUACACGCGAACUGCCAACGAUCCCAACUACAAACACGACAUUUUUCUGGCACCGCCUACACGAAUAUUCAGCUACUUGACAGUAGAAGACGGUGAAGAGUUUCCAGGAAGAAUUUCCUGCCCCCACAGAGGAAGUUUCAAAAAGAUCAGCACAGGUGUCAACCUCAUCUCCCAAAUGUUUGACUAUUUCGAUUUCCUGUCGAGUAACUCGCGAACCGACGAGGGCCUAUGGACGUCACCCUACUUGGAUUCAUGGGGUCUCAGUUUGAUUGUCACUAGAGCUCUACCCUGCAUCAGCAAGGUCACUGGAAAGGUCAUUGGAGUCGUUGGUGUCGACGCAACUGUUGAGGAUAUUGAAAACUUUCUGAAUCGACAUCAGUGGGGCUCGGUAUAUUCGUUUCUCAUGAAUACCGACGGUGAGACGAUUUUUCAUCCGAGAUUGAAAGCCAGCGAGAAUUUAGUUGCAGACCCGAUAUUCAUACCGAUCGAACAACUGGAGCAGGACAAAGAGGGCAACCCCAAAGAGUUCUCGAAAAUAGUGAAAGAUAUGAAAGCCGGUCUGACGGGCAGUUUGAUCAUUCCUCACUCGCGUCCCGGACGCAAGAAAGGCGAAUACACGGCGGCAACCUUCUACUAUGCAGCUCUCGACGAUUCGGAAUUCGCCUUUGCGUUCAGUCUUUCAGAUACGGACAAAGUGUUCAGACGAGCACAGCAGCCGAAAAAUUUGGACACAUACGACAAAAGUUUCUUCAACCUGCUCAUUGAAUACAACUCAACUCUGGGCAGGUCCGAAUUGAAAGGAGUGUUUGAUUAUUUACAGGUGAAAGAAAAUGAAAAACGCUUUCCUGGUCUGCGUGUCUCCUACCUUCACUCCAGCAUCUUUCUCUCGCCCAAGUGCCACUGCGACCCCAACUCCUACUUCUAUGACGACGAUCUGGCCCGCAAGACCGUCGAUGCCCACCUCUACAUCAACAACCAGACCGGAGAUGACGGCUGUGACAAGGGGGGAAGAUAUGUUAAGGGCCUGAGAGCAGACGUAUUCAUAUCGCAACCGGUAGAGAAGCUGUGGCGAACAAGGUCGUUCGACGGCAUAGAGGACGUGAAAUGGACGUAUGUGGCCAUGAGGAGCGGGGUCUUCAGGACUUAUCCGGCCCACCGUUCUCGUCGGAACUACGACCCAACCUCUCGAGAUUGGUAUAAAAGGGCCAACAAAGCCCCUUCGAAAACAGCCAUUUCCACGGCGUACCCCGAUUCAGCAGGGGUCGGCAAGAUUAUUACCCUGUCGAGGGCACUGUUUGAGGGCAUGACCUCUAGGACCACAGAGGAGUGCUUAACUAUUUCUACUGUUGGUCCGUGGCCUGGCGGCUGUGUUUGCCAGAAGGAUGAAGAUUGCGUCAGUGCCCAAUGCUACUUGAGCGUGGCCCCAGGACCGAACAAGGAUUUACCGAGAUGUGCUACCGAACGAGUUGAAGCGGUUACGAGUCUCGACAUUCUCUACAAACGAUUCCAUGAGAUCACCAUGGCCCUCAUGCAGGCCAGCAAUGGCAAGAGGUCAUGUGGUCAGACGUAUUUGUGUCCUGAUGGAGAAGAGGUGUGCGAGACGAGAUGCUACCUCUUCGAUGACCGGGCCAACAUGAUAACUGACCCUGACUUCUUGACGGCCAACGACCUUGACGAGAGGAAGUACAAAGGGGUGACCAUGGGCAAAAAAGAAGGUGAAAUAAUGAAGGAACUUAUUUAUAAACAUGGGUUUUUCCAGAGAAAGGAGUCUCUAGAUUUUCAAGAUGUCUGCAGCAUUUCUCCGUACGCGCCCAAGGUUACUUUAGAAGGGAUUCCGCAGACCCCAGAAGAACUGGACAACUACUACAAGAACAAGGGCCCGAUACCGAAGUUCACGAACGAGUAUGGGUGCAUCACUGACGUUGUCGAAUAUUUUGUCAUGGAAUCGGCGCUCGGACCUAGCGGAGUUAUAUCUGGAAACGUAUCCGGACCGUGCAUGUCCGGAUAUUACCACGUGACUGCUCUCCCCAAAACGAACCUUUUCCUGUUGGUGAUUGAAAACUGGAAGCAGUACAAAGACACGUUCUUCUUUAAUUUCAACUGCAAGAUAACUCAGAGUAUCGUAAACUCCGGAUCCUACCGAAUAAUUAACGGUACUUGCGCCCAUACCGAUAUCGCUAGGUCGACACUUGCUCAGAUGGGGAAAUGUCCGAUGCUCAGGAAUGUCAACAUCACUUGUCGGUAUAAUAGGGAUGUGUCGGUGAAAUACUCGCGAAUAGUCGCGCCAUUGAAAAAUAUAGGCACUGUUUAUUUGAUGAGCGUCUUAUAUUUCUAG